AUGAAGUUUAAAGCACUGAAACAGGUCCUCAAACAGUGGAAUGUUGCGGUGUUUGGUAAGAUUGAAUCAAAAUUGAAAAGUGUAGAAGAUGAGGCUCAUGCUCUUGAUUUGUUAGCUGAGGAUAGACCACUACUUGAUACAAAACUGUAUAGAAGAAAGGAAGUGCGGGGUGAAGUGUGGAGGUUACGUAAAAUGUUGGAGUGGAUUUGGCUACAAAAAUCUCGAAUGAAUUGGGCAUCUAAAGGGGAUAAAAAUACAAGGUUCUUCCAUAUUAUGGCAUGUAGCAGAAAUAGUAGAAACUCUUUGUGUUCAAUUGCUGUAAAUGGUUCAAUGCUAGAGGAGCCUUUGGCAAUUAGGGAGGCCGUUAAGAUUUAUUUUAUGAAGCUUUUUUCAGAAAAUUGGAAGGUCCGUCCCAAAUUGGCUGGCCCUUUCAAGAACAUAGGGGGUGCUCAAGUUGUGGCACAAUUGGAGGCAGAGUUUACAGAGCAGGAGAUUAAAAAUGUUAUCAAGUGUUGUGAUGGUAAUAAGGCACCUGGCCCUGAUGGGUUUAAUUUGUCAUUUUUCAAAAAGUGUUGGAAAAUUGUGAGGGUUGAUGUGCUAAAAUUUAUGAGCAAUUUUCAUCAGAAUGCAAAGCUCGUUUGUGGGCUAAAUAGCUCGUUUAUAGCUCUGAUCCCCAAAGUUUUAAGCCCUUCUUGUUUGAAUGAUUAUAGGCCUAUUAGCUUGAUUGGCUCCUUGUAUAAAAUUGUUGCUAAAGUGCUAGCGAACAGAAUGAAGCAGGUAAUGCCCAAGAUUAUUGGCGAAGCUCAGUCAGCUUUUUUGGGGGGAAGAAAUAUAUUAGAUGGUCUUAGAAUUAAUUAUCACAAGAGUGUUAUCUGUGGGAUUGGGGUAGAUGAGGGUUCGAUGCAGGAGUUUGCUUCUUCCUUAAAUUGUUGCCACCAUAAAUUGCCUCUAAAAUACUUGGGGCUUCCUUUGGGGGCUAAUCCCAGCAGGAGGAGUACUUGGAAACCUGUUCUUGAUAAGUUCAAACAAAAAUUGUCCACAUGGAAGAGAAGGUUGUUAUCUUUUGCUGGGCGCUUAACUCUUAUUAAAUCGGUUAUGUCUAAUCUGCCCAUCUAUUACCUCUCACUGUUUAGAAUCCCUGCUGGAGUGGCAAAGGAAAUUAAGAGAAUACAAUCUGUAUUUCUUUGGGGUGGAUCCGAUCUUAGAAGGAAAAUACAUAUGGUCCGGUGGGAGGUGGUUUCUAAAAAUAAGAAAUUAGGUGGGUUAGGGUUGAGGAGGAUAAAAAGUUUCAAUCAAUGUCUCUUGCUGAAAUGGUGGUGGAGAUUUGGUGUAGAGAAUAAAUCCCUUUGGAAGGAAGUGAUCUGCUCCAAGUAUGUGUCAUUGGAUGGAAGAUGGACACCACAGUUAAUAGGCAGAGAAUCCAAGAUCUGGUCGGAUAUUAUUCAAGCUGUACUGUCCAAUCCAGAGCUGCACCACUUUUAUAUUUCUAAUGCUCAGAUUGUUCUGGGGGAUGGGAGGAGAGUUCGAUUUUGGAGAGACAAAUCUGAUGAGCUCAUAUGGGGUGCAGACCCAUCUAAUACUUUCUCUGUUUCCUCAGUAUAUCUUUGGAGUGAAUCACAUCUGGGACCUAUAUUACCAGUGACUGCUUCAAUUUGGAAUAAUUUCGCUCCUCCAAAAGUUCAAUGUUUUGGAUGGAUGGCUUGGCUGGGUAAGAUUAAAACUUCGAGUUUCCUUCAUAGAAUUGGUAUUCUAACAGGGAAUGUAAAUCUGGAUUGUGUCUUCUGUCACAAUGAGAUUGAAACUGUGGAACAUAUUCUAUUGUACUGUCCUUUCGUUUGGUUGCUUUGGUCCAACAUUGUCCGAUGGUGGGGUAUGCAAUGGGUGCUACCAGGUUCAGUGAAUGGACUGUUGAAUUGGUGGGAUGGUUGUAGAUUGAAGAAGUUGGAAAAGAAAAUUUGGAAGGUUCUUCCUCUGGCUGUCUUGUGGUCUACAUGGAAGCAUCGAAAUGAUUGCAUCUUUAAUGGCUCUCAACCAAACUUGGAAGACCUGUGUGAAAUAGUGAAGGUUCGUGUAGCUAUGUGGCUCAAAGCCUCACUAACCCAGGUGGAGCUUUCUAUUAAUGACUUGGUCUUUAACCUGCCACAGGCUGCAGAGUUAGCUCUAAAUAAAUCUGGGUUGAACAGAAGUGUCCUACAGUCUAACAUUGCAGAUGGGUAUGUAGCAGAUUGGUAUGUAUGCAGAUUGGUUGCAGAGUGGUAUGUAUCAGCUAGGUUCUGGUCUGUGAAGGCAGUGCAGAGGCCUUCUGAGUGUCAUAUGCUCUCUGUUAGCAAAGGAGUUUUGUGGGCUUGGUUGUAUGGUGGUCCUGUGUUAGCAUAG